AUGGCGGAGCUCAGGCUUCGUUUUGGUAAGAGAGCUAACGAUAUUGUGCACAAACUAUGUCACCGGCACCACCUUGAAACUCAGAGCAAACACGGUAAAUGUGCAAUACUCGUCCCGUCCCUGUCUGCUGGGUGUCUCUCGGUUGACAUUCAAAGUGGCGGCCUGAGUGGAGCCGUUACCGCGGUGACCGCUGGAGCUCCACCGGACGGUUACACAAGGGUAAACCUGCCGCCCUGCACCGGUAACUGUGUGUGGGGACAUGGCUCUGGGGCCGAAGGUGAUACUUGUAUUGGACUUAAGAAAGACUAUUCAGUUUCUGAAGAGAUUUGCAUUCAAAUUAGAGGAAGACAUAUCUCUCGGUACCGGAGUCCAGCCGAGUUUCGGAGGACUUUCUGCUCGUCAAGGGCUCCUCGUCGACACUUGUGUUUGAGACCCGAACAGGUAGUGUUUAUCAGGACUUUCAGCGAGGAAGGAAGCCGCUCUGUGCCGCUCUACAGAAGCAAAACAGGCUAUUAUGACAUCCUGGAGGUGUCACCCACCGCCACUCACGCCCAGAUAAAAACAGCCUACUACAAGCAGUCCUUCAUCUACCACCCGGACAGAAACUCCGGCAGCGACGAGGCCACUGUCCGCUUCUCGGACAUCAGCGAGGCUUACGCCGUGCUGGGUCACAAGGGGCUGAGGAAGAAGUACGAUCGGGGUCUGCUGAGUCUGUCCGACCUCACAACUAAACCCUCCGCCAAGGACACCGCCGGGAGCUCGACCAAACAACAACCCGAGAGCCGGCGGUCUACCGUGGGAAUAGAAAGACGAGGAGAUGUCUUUGAUUUCGACGACUUCAUCAAGUCUCACUAUGGCGAGCAGCUGCAGAGGCAGAGAAACAUCCGAGUCCGCAAAGAGGAGAUGCUGAGGAAGAAACAGGAGACGGUGGCCGAGAUGAAGCUGGGCUGGAUGUUGGAGCUGGGAGUUGGGCUUCUUAUGGUGAUGGCCGUGGGUGUAAUAGUUAGCUUAAAACGGGGCUGAAGUGAGGAAGGAUGGAUCACUGGACACUGUUGUUGUUGGGGCUUAGAGCUGGGCAAUAUAUCGAUGUUAUAUCGAUAUUGUGAUGUGGCAUUAGUGUUGUCUUUUCCCGGGUUUAAAAGUUGUAUUACAUCACAAGUGAUGUACUUUUUUGAACUUACCAGACAGUUAUUUGUCUUUACCACUUAGUCAUUAUGUUCACAUCACUUAUGAUUGUUAACCAAACAUCUCUGUGUAAAUAUUUAGUGAAACCAUAUAGUUAUCCCAAUAAUAUUGUCACAAUAUCAAUAUUGAGGUACUUGGUCAAAAAUGUUGUGAUAUUUGAUUUUGUCUAUAUCCCCCAGCCCUGUUGGGGCCCUUAAAUCUACACCUGUCACACUGAUGUUUAUUUAAAACCUCAUCUUCUACCCCAGAGACAUGAACAAUGAACUAUCUGUAAAAUCACAAAGGAUGAUUCACAAUCAUCCUUUGAGUCAGUGCAAUAUUUUUUAAAGAUAACAUUCUCCUCCUGCAAGUUGCUAACCAAAGACUUAACUGUA